AUUUACAGCCUUUCAAGCUUUCUAGAGAGAGAGAGAGAGAGAGAGAGAGAGAGAUGAGGCUGCUGAGCUACUUGGGACAAUGGCGAAGCGUAGCAAAAGAAGCCAUGGAUCUGUCAGUAACUGUAGCAAAGUUCAUGGGUUUGCUCCACGUCACCGACGCCUACCUCUGCUCCUCCACCCUCGUCUACGGCCCCAGUAUGCUCCCUACCCUGAACAUCUCCGGCGACGUGCUCCUCUCCGAACACGUGUCCCAUCGCAUUGGGAAGGUGGGUCCCGGCGAUUUGGUCCUGGUUCGGUCUCCGACGGACCCCCGGAAGAUUGUGACCAAGCGUGUCCUGGGUAUGCAGGGUGAUAAAGUCACCUACUUUGUCGAUCCAAAGCACAGCGACAGGUUGCAUACGACCGUGGUGCCUAGGGGGCAUGUUUGGAUUCAGGGGGAUAACAUCUAUUCCUCCUUUGACUCACGAACAUAUGGACCUAUACCUUAUGGUCUUAUUCAAGGCAAAGUGUUUUGCAGGGUCUGGCCACCUGAUAGCUUUGGAUCAUUAGAUUGAUGAGCUCACAGAAGAUUAUAACAUUGAAGAAAUUCUUUCUUGGUAUAUUAGAUGAUUGACACAAGAUCUGAGAAGCCCUAAUUUGUAUAUAUUCGAAGUGGAAGUGUAUGCGUAGAACUACUAGAAAUCUCAUGUACAAUGGCAGUUGCCAUGGUCAUCAGUAAUUAUUUUUUUGACACAACCUUCUUAUUUGUACUUGAGUCCUAAGGCUAAAACUUUCCUAUCAAAAGGAAAAUGAGAUCGAUUUUUGUGGGAGGAUUGUCCCGAUCAUGAACGUAUUGCUUAUUAUCAAUCGAAAUUCUGUUUUCGACAA